AUGUCCUGGAUGCUCUCCGAGCAGGAAAUUCCGCACGGGGUCUCCCCCGAGACAGGGGCCAACAAAAAUACCCUCACGCCCGCACCUGUCCCCGGAUCCCAGGGCACGCCAGGAAGUGCGAGGAAUUCUUGCAAGAGAGAGAGAGAGAAAGAGAGGAUGCUCUCCAUCUAUCCAUCCAUCCAUCCAUCCAUCCAUUGGGAGUUGAGAGCAUUUCGAACCCCGGUUAUUCUCUUUCUCUCUAUUCUGGAAACUUGUUGGGGUCUGACGUUUGCCAGCGAGGGAGUGUGGGAGAAGCAGCUCACGACUACCCUUAGUGGAGGGCCUCCGAUCUUUUGCAGUAGUGGCCGGCGAGAUUCGAUCAGUCGUUCAUCGCUAGUCCUCCAGUGGUGUGAUCCAGGCCCGGGUGUGUUUGCCUCUCGUUCUUGUGCGCGUUUUCAUCACCGACACUCGCAAAAUGGAAAACCCAGCAUGAUUUCGAUUAAGAUUGACCGAUUCACGCAGAUUCUAAGCUAUCAAAGGCGUCCGGGAGAAGUUGGCAGCAUUCUAACACGCAUAUCCCCAGUAACGAUGUCGUCAACGAUGUCGACGAUGUCACAUCACACGUAUAUAGUACGAGCGAACUCGACAGCUGCGAUGAUGGUCGACGACUUGGCGUUUGUCAUUGCGGAUGACAAGAAGGAAAAGAAGAAGAAGCCCAAGAAGAAGGAGGAGGCAGCAGAGCCGGCGCCCGCGCCGGAGCCCGCACCGCCGCCACCAGCAGAGGAGCCCAAGAAGGCGUCCACUCGCGGCUCCAGGAAGCAGGCCAAGAGGACUGGCUCCAAUGUCUUCUCCAUGUUCUCACAGAAGCAAGUCGCCGAGUUCAAAGAAGGUUUCCAACUCAUGGAUGCAGACAAAGACGGGAUCCUCGGCAAGAGCGACUUGCGAUCCGCUCACGACAUUGUCGGCAGAAUGUGCUCUGAAAAGGAGCUGGACGAAAUGCUGUCAGAUGCACCUGGACCAAUCAACUUCACCACUCUUCUCACCAUGUUCGGCGAGCGCAUGAGCGGAGGCUCCGACGACGACGAUGUCGUCAUUGCCGCUUUCAAGUCCUUUGACGAAGGUGAUGGCAACAUCGAUUCAGAGAAGUAA